CCCUCAGCCCGCGAGGCCGCGCGCAGGCAGGGCCCGCGCUGCCCCGCGGGAGGGGCUGGGCCCGUGUUCCUCCUCCCUACCGGUCCCCAUCCUUAAAGCACGCGUCCGGACGCCCCGCCUGUCGGAGAGGGCGCCUGGGUCUGGACAAGCGAACAGCCGGCGCGGGCCGGGGCCGACCAGGGAGGGCCUGAGGCAGCGGAACCGCCGCGGCUGGCACGCGAGCGUCUCGGCCCGACCGCGGGGUUGCGGGAGCUGCGAGGGGAGGGGUCGCGGGCGCCAUUGCUGCCCGUCAGAACGCCGCCGGGUCCCCGUCAGCCCUCGGCCGCUCUGCCCCGGCUGGGAGGAGCCGUCGCCAGUCCCCGGCCGGGUCUCGUGAGUCGGGCGCCUGCUCUGCCGCCCGCGCCGGGACCAUGUUUGACAAGACGCGGCUGCCGUACGUGGCCCUCGAUGUGCUCUGCGUGUUGCUGGCUUCCAUGCCUAUGGCUGUUCUAAAUUUGGGCCAAAUAUAUCCAUUUCAGAGAGGCUUUUUCUGUAAAGACAACAGCAUCCAGUAUCCGUACCAUGACGGUACCGUCACAACCACUGUCCUCUCCACAGUGGGGCUUGGUUUACCCAUUUCCUCUAUGAUUGUUGGAGAAGCCCUGUCUGUUUACCUUAACCUCUUGCACUCAAAUUCCUUUAUCAGGAAUAACUACAUAGCCACUAUUUACAAAGCCAUUGGAACAUUUUUAUUUGGUGCAGCUGCUAGUCAGUCCCUGACUGACAUUGCCAAGUAUUCGAUAGGCAGACUGCGGCCUCACUUCUUGGACAUUUGUGACCCAGACUGGUCAAAAAUCAACUGCAGUGAUGGUUACAUUGAAAACUACAUAUGUCGAGGGAAUGCACAAAAAGUGAAGGAGGGCAGGUUGUCCUUUUACUCGGGCCACUCCUCGUUCUCCAUGUACUGCAUGAUGUUCGUGGCGCUUUAUCUUCAAGCCAGGAUGAAGGGAGACUGGGCAAGACUCCUACGCCCCACACUGCAAUUUGGUCUUGUUGCUGCGUCCAUUUAUGUGGGCCUUUCUCGAGUUUCUGAUUAUAAACACCACUGGAGUGAUGUGUUGACCGGACUCAUUCAAGGAGCUCUGGUUGCAGUAUUAGUUGCUGUAUAUGUAUCAGAUUUCUUCAAGGAGAGAAAUUCUCCUUUUAAAGAAAGAAAAGAGGAGGACUCUCACACAACUCUGCAUGAAACACCGACGACCGGGAAUCACUAUCGGAACAGCCACCAGCCUUGAGGGUGGCAGAGCACCCACGUGAAGCUGGCCUGCUUUCAGAAGGAAAAUGAUUGCAACCAGAAGGCAAGAGGAUGCAUCUUUCUUCCCGGUAUAUAAGCCUUUAAGGGACUGCUGCUACUAUACCUCUUGGAUGCCCACUUUACCUGUGUGUAUAUAGUUACAUUUAACACAAAUGGUUAUCUAAUAGCUCUAAGUUCAUUAAAAAAAUUCAAGCCUUUCACUAAAACAAAUGCCCCACCUGUACAUUUUUUAUUAAAAAAAAUGUAAUGCUUAUGUA